AUGAUGAAAAGAUCUCGGCACAAUACACGGGCCAGCGCGCCCCACGCAGGUGCUGACUCCUGCGAUACGGCCACUCGUCACGGACCUCAUUCUACCACCUCUCAUGAGAACCUUGCUGAUGAUGUGGCUACUGUCGAGAGUGCUACCACUUCAGAGGUCGAUAUACUUAACGAUCAAAUCGACGAAUACUCCGAAAGAAACGCCAAAAGAAGCAGAAUUAAGAUUGACGAGAUUCUGGCUGGCAUUCGUCCUGGACGAAAGGUUACUCUUCGAGAUCGCCUUAUCAAAGGCCAGUAUGAGCCCCAGAUGCUUGGUAUGCGAGUGUACAAUAUGAAAAAGGUUGCAACAGCCGCUGCUCAGGUCCCUGAAUCUCCAGCCGAUGUCGGCAAGCCUCCUCGGGAUUUUCUUGUUCCUGCUCAGCCCAAGCACCCAAGCAAGUCUAAACAUAAAAUCAGCGACUCUGAAAAGUCUUCCAAUGGCCCCGCGACUGGUAGCAGUUUAGAAGACGCCCGAUCCGACCCUCAUAUCGCAUACAAAAGCACACCCAUUCACCAACUACACUUCCCUGAAGCUCUUAUCCUCUCAGUCAAGCAGAAUGCAAGUAGAUGGCAAACCAAAGACCACCGCCCGGAUUUGGUAUUCGUCGUCAUGCGCGUCGUUAGCAGCGACGUGCCCGAUCUACAUGUCUUCACCGGUCUAGGCGAGGCUACGGCUCACGCUCUCCAUCUCAUUGCGUAUAAGCAUCCCGAAGCCUUCGCGUUACCACAGAAUAACGAUAAUGAGGGAGACAAGGCCAAGGCCGUGAAGUCUGAGCAGGUUCCGUCUUUGAUUAAACAAGUCACUGCGCGACCGAUUUGUCAACAAGUACCCUCUGGUCGCAAAGUUGGGAAGUUGAAGGGGCCCAAGAUCGUGCUGAGCGAGAGCAGCGACUCGGAUACAGACGACGAAAAUCCAAUGCUACAGAUCAAGGAAGAAGACCCGGAACUACCCCGGCCUCCGCGCAUCCCGGAUCCUAGACCUGAUUUCAAUAGUCGAGGACAGCUCUUGCUUCGAGACGCCCCUGAGCCUACGUAUGUGUUUUGGGGCAAGUAUAAUAUCGCCUCUUUUGGCUUGAAGAUGGAAUUCCGUCGUGCGGAUGGGACUGUGGUGCGAGUCUCUGUUCAUCGAAAGACUUUGCGCAAGACGACUCAGCAAAAUCGAUAGCACGAAAACCUAGAGAUGCCGUUGUUUGGUGCAGAUGAGACGGUGUUGCAUUUGAGAAGGAGUUGGGUUCGUGAAUGGACCCCUAAAACGAUGCUUUAAUAUUCGUAUACUGGAUAUUCCAUGGAAUAAACGUGGUAUAACACCGAUCACCAGUGCUAUAGCGGCGCUGGGAUAAAACAUGAGAACACAAGUCCGGCAUAGAAGGCCGCAGCUAGAUACGCUUGCAUAAUCGAAAUCAUUUAUGUACUUUUUUUUCUCCUCUGC